AUGGCGCCGACCUCCUACCCCGUCCUCCCGGAGAAGCUGCUCCUCAUCUCGCUGAAGAUGUACUUCACGCCGCAGCGGACCCUCGAAUACGUCCGUGGACUGCUCGAUCCCGCCAACGAGAUUGUGCGGCCCGAGAACCGCGAGAAGCUCCUUCUCGCCCUGAUCCCCGACUUCCUUACCAUCUGGCCCUGCGCCGACAUCAUUCGGGAGUUCGAGAGCAAGCUCGCUGCCGCCGGCACGCCCACCUCCCCUCCUCCGUUCCUACUCGGCGCCCAAGACUGCAUGUGGGAGGAAUACGGUGCCUACACUGGCGAAGUCUCACCCGCCGCCAUCCGCUCACUGGGCUGCUCGAUCGUCGAACUGGGCCAUGCCGAGCGCCGUGCCAUCUUCGGCGAGACGGACGAGCAGACUGCGCGCAAGGCGGCUGCAACCUGUGCGCAGGGCAUGGUGCCUCUCGUCUGCGUCGGCGAGGUGACGGCCCCCGGUGCUGUGGCCUCUGAAGCCGUCGGACAGGCCGUUUCCGAGUGUGCAGUUCUCGUGCGCGCCGUACUGAAUGCCAUCCCCGCUGAGGCGCCUGUCAUCUUUGCCUACGAGCCUGUCUGGGCUAUCGGGCAGCCCAAGCCUGCUGGUGUCGACCAUGUCGGCGCGGUCGUGGAGGGCAUCCGGGGUGUCAUUGGGCCUCGCCCGGGCACAGCGCGGGUUCUCUAUGGUGGUAGCGCGGGGCCUGGACUCUGGGGCGCGGGAGGGCUGGGCAAGGCCGUCGAUGGGAUGUUCCUAGGCCGAUUUGCACACGAGAUUGGAGGCGUGCGCAAGGUCGUCCACGAAGUGGAGGAGAGUCUCGGCGUCGCAGCCUAA